AUGGGUAUGGGUAACCCGCACGGGUCAUGGGUACAGGUACCGUUGGGGUACGGGUAUGGGUCUGAGGUCAUGAUACCCCUACCCCUACCCGUACCCGCACUGCAGGUAUCAGUCAAGAUUCUAAAACACUCAACCGGUACAAUCAGACCAUCUUCUUCAACACAACACCUAUUGUCAAGUCCCACAGCUGAAGUCUAUUGUCAUACCUCCGCUGCACCCUCUCAUACAUUGUGCGCACCCUCUCAUAUCCCACGCACCCUCUUGUACAUCCAGCACACCCUCUCGCACCUCUCAGACCUCCACCCUCUCAUACAUUGUGCACACCCUCUCGUACAUCAUCCUGUGCACCCCUCACAUGGCUCCAACCCACACUCUUGUACAUCCAGUGCAUGCUCUCAUGAGUCCAUUGAUUCUCAUUCGGGCAAGAGCCAUGCUGAUCUGAGUCGUUGCCCACCAUUUGCACUUCACGACAUUCCCAAUGCGACAGACACCAUGCACGAACGCCCAGCGCGCGCCAGCAAAUUUGCCCAUGCCUCCACUCCUCCUUCUUGUGCCAUCCAUAUAUGUUCAAGUCACCUCCAAUCCCACCCGCCACUCCCUCAUGUUCGAAUGCAUACCCCAAUGACCACCACACCACAUCCAACACCCAACACGACCAUCACACCAUGUCCAAUGCCACCAGCACCAUGUGCCAAUGCCCAACACCACCACCACACCGCGUCCAACACCACCACCACCACCAUGUGCCAAUGCCCAACACCACCACCACCACCAUGCACCAACACCCAGCACCACCACCAUGCCGCAUCCAACACCAGCACCAGCACCAUGCACCAAUGCCCAACACAUGCCAAUGACCACCACACUGCGUCCAAUGCCACCAGCACCAUGCGCAAACGCCCAACACACGCCAGCAAGUGCUGA